CCGUCCCGAGCAACCGUGGCCUCAUUCACUCUGACACUUACACAAGCGGCGUCGUUGAUAACACAGGCACAGACACACUCGACCCGAUCGCAGUGGUCUUUUUCCAUCAAGAGCCACAAAGGUCAGCUGCCCCUCGCGGAAUGAAGCCCACGAGCGCCAAAUUUAUCGCUGCCCUCGCACUCCUGGUCAUUCCAGCCGUGCAGGGAUUCGCGAAUCCUCAGAACCUGACUGAAAUCGUUCAGCAAUGCAAAAAGGAGGCACAAAUUUCACCUGCUGAACUUGGGGCGCUGAAAAAACCGUAUCCGUUCCCGCACAAAAUCAGAUGCUACAUGAAAUGUUAUGCUGAGAAAAACGGCAUGUGGGCUGAUGGCAAACCUAAUGACACGGCUGUAAUCAACUUGAUUAAGGGCGACUAUUACUUCCACAAGGACAGCGCUGACAAACUGGUGGCGCGUUACAACAACUGCAAGAAUCUGGUCGGAAACGACGAUUGCGACACGGUGGGACUUAUUUACGAGUGCCUGUACCCUCAGCAGCCACCUUUAGAGCCCAUCAGGGAUUAGUGCGGAGAAUCGCCAAAUCCAUUUCAUACGCCAUAUGCUUGCAAACGGUUUUCCAUAAUUUAUUCAAUAAAGCCGCUCGCUGACAUUUUAGCACGAAA